AUGGACAAUUUGAUUAGUGAAAUAAGUGGCCAAACAGGUCGCAGUGACAACAGCGGGUUUCUGCUCCUCUCUUAAAACCCUAGCUGUGAGUUUGGCUGCUACCACAUAUAUAUUAUAUACACAGAGAGAGAGAGAAUCGAAGAGCAAGUAUGGAUCCCAAUCAAGCUGACCUUGAACGACUGAUGCUCUUCGAGCACGCUCGUAUUACUGCCGAAGCCAAUUACAAUAAGAACCCCAACGAUGCUGAUAACCUAACUAGAUGGGGCGGUGCACUACUCGAAUUAUCUCAAUUUGGCGGUAUCACUGAAUCUAAACAGAUGAUUAGGGAUGCUGUUUCAAAGCUGGAGGAGGCUUUAGUUAUCCAUCCUAGAAAGCAUGAUGCUUUGUGGUGUUUAGGGAAUGCAUUUACUUCUCAUGCUUUUUUGACUCUGGACAUCAGCGAUGCUCAGGUUUAUUUUGACAAGGCAUCUGAAUGUUUCCAAAAAGCCGUAGACGAGAGUCCAGGAAAUGAACUCUAUAUUAAGUCCUUGGAAGCCACUGCUAAGGCGCCAGAAAUGCACAUGGAGCUUCAUAAGCAUGGAGGAUUUCAACAGGCUAUGGCCGGAGGUUCCGCUACUACAAAAGCAGAGCAUUCAAAGAAGGCCGUGUCGAGUGAUCUGAAGUAUGAUAUAUGCGGAUGGAUUAUUCUUGUUGUAGGGAUUGUUUCAUGGGUUGCAAUGGCAAAAUCAAAUGUUCCUCCAACUCCAAGAUAAGAAGCCUUUAUAUAUUGAAGUGGAAACUGUGUUUUGUUUGGUUAAGAAACUGUGUUUUGUAUGGUCAAGUACUGGAUCUGGAGCUUAAACCUUUAGCCCUAUUUUAACUUUUCAUAUGUAAUUUUAUUUUCUGCCAGGAUAUAAUAAUGAAUAUUUACUUUC